AUGUCAUCUCAAACUUCAAGGUUAGACCGACAAGUGAUUUUAUUAGAAACAGGUUCAACUCAAGUUGUACGUAAUUUGGCUGCCGAUCAAUUAGGUGAUUUGGCUAAGAAUCACCCAGAGGAUAUUCUAUCUUUAUUAUCUAGAGUAUAUCCUUUUUUGGUUUCCAAAAAAUGGGAGACAAGGAUAGCGGCCGCUCGUGCCGUGGGGGAAAUUGUUCAAUAUUUACCUUUAUGGGAUCCCAAUGCACAGGAUAAAGAUAUUAAAACCGAAGAAGAGGACAUAAACGUUCUGGAAAGUGAUACUAAAUUAAAAAUGGAACUCCCGGAAAAUUCGGAGGCAUGGACGAAAUCAUACGGUAUUGAAUCAAAAUUAUUGAGUUUACAAUCAUGGGAUUUACUUCAACUAUUUAAGAGUACAAAAGUGCUAUUAGCAGCUAAUUCGAAUUCUAUAACUGACUUACCAACACCAUUGACUUCAGCAGCUACAGAAGUUCAACAACCACACAAAAUGUUUAAAAAAGAUAGCAAGGAAGGGUCGCCUGUACCUACUGAUGCAUCUAGCAAUAAAAAAAGUAGUAGAAUGCUAGCUAUGGCAAAGAGAAAACUGAAACGACAAGCUAAGAAUAAAAGAGGCUCUGUAGAUGUUGACUUAUCAAAUAAUUUAAUAUCUAACACAUCAGGUUCGAACUCAGAAAACAAAGACAAUACUAAAAUCGAAUCAUUUGCAAAUCCCAAAUUAACGCUGACUGAAAAUGCAAAUGCUAAUAGCAUAAUGGUUGAAAGUGUAGUAGCGCCUAUACUUGAGGACCAAGAAGUUGCAAAUGGUCUUGUUUGGCAAUUACAGGGCAUCUAUGAAUUAUUGUUAAUAAAUUUAUUAGACGACAAUUGGGAAAUUAGACAUGGGGCUGCAUUAGGUUUAAGAGAGAUAGUAAAAAGGCAUGCCUAUAGUUGCGGUAGAAUUAAGGGUGCCUCUAAAUGGGAAAACAAUAGGAGAAAUAAUCUGUUUUUACAAGACCUAGCGUGUCGUAUUUUAACUAUAUUUGCUAUUGAUAGAUUUGGCGAUUUUGUUAAUGAUACUGUUGUUGCCCCAGUUAGAGAAUCGUCGGCACAAGCAUUGGCAGCAUUGUUAUUGCAUAUCAAUGACGAUAGUAGCAGGUUAAUAUUCAAUUAUUUAAAACAAUUAGUGUUACAGGACUUCGGGAUUGUUACCAAAUUUUGGCAAGCCACUCAUGGUGGAUUAUUGGGUAUACUUUAUUUUGUAAGUGUCAAAACCGAAUUUUUCUUUGAAAAUAACUUGUUAAAAGAAGUGGUGGAGAUCGUGCUAUACGGGUUAAACAGUAAUGACGAUGACGUUCAAAGUGUUUCUGCAUCUAUUCUAACACCAAUCACUAAUGAAUUUUUUCAGUUGGAUAAAUCUAUAAUAGAUUCUGUGUUGUCCACCAUUUGGAAUUGUAUAUCUGACUUAGAUGAUGACCUAGCUUCUAGUAUUGGUUCAAUCAUGAAUCUAUUGUCUAAACUUUUUCAGCAUGAAACUGUUUUAAAAUUGCUUAAGGAAAAGGCAGAGGACCCUGAUUGGUCAUUUAAGAAUUUAGUCCCUAAGCUAUAUCCAUUUUUACGACAUUCGAUCAGCAGUGUAAGAAAAGCUGUUUUAAAUUUGUUGUUAGCCUUUUUGUCGGCGAGUGACGAAGAAACUGGACACUGGAUUAAUGGGAAGAUUUUAAGACUAAUAUUUCAAAACAUACUAUUGGAACAAAAUGAAGAAAUCUCAGAUUUGUCUGUAAAGGUUUAUAAGGAAAUGAUUUUGAAAAAUCGUAUUUUACAAGAAAAAUCACUAGAUUUAUUGUUUGCCAAAAGCUUAACACCGUUGUUACAUUUAUUAAUUACUCCUAUUGGUGAACGAGGCAAAAACUAUUCGAUGGAGGUGGGUUUUAUCUUAAAGCCAUCGAGUAAUUAUAACUUAAAUCAGGACAAAAAAAGAAGAAAGUCCGCUACACCGUCUGCCGAUAUUCCAGUUUCGGAUACUCAUGUUAAUAUUGAUACACCAAUGAUUAAUGGAGAUGUAACUUUACUAGGUAGCGAUGUCAUUAUAAAAUCUAGAGUAAAGUCAGCACAGGCAUUGGGUUUUACCCUAGGUGGAUUCCAAGACUCGACGUUAGAUUCUUUUUUUAGUAACGUUAUUAUAAAUUGUUUGGAUUUGCCAUUUGCAACUUCUAAGAUUUUAAUUGCCAUAAUGCUAACUGAAUAUUCUUACACAUGGAAAAAUCUACAUAAUUCCCAUAAAGUCCCCGAUUUCGUUACAAAAUUAUUUUAUGAGGGAUUUUUUGGUUAUUUGAAUGGUACCAACAAAUUCCCAGUUUUCCGCGAAUUGGUCCCCGGUUUAAAAGCUUUAAGAACACAGUGUCAAUCAUUACUGCACACAUUUAUCACUGCCGGUAAGCUAAGUAGCAGUAAAAUCCCACAACUAGCCAUAAUUGUUAAAGGUGAACCGGAGGCUGGGCCUGAAGCUUUCGAUAUCGCCACUUCUGAAAAGGUUUAUAAUGAAUAUUAUGAUAAGCUAUAUCGGCAUUUGGGAAAUGCUUAUAAGAUUACUGCAGCAAAACCUUUAGAGGAUGCCAAAUAUAGGGUUGGGAAGGCUAUUGAGUCUGCUAAAGAGGCAGAACUAAAAAGACUUUGCAGUAUUUAUGCAAAUUUCGCUGCAGCACUUUUAUCUUUUGAUUCAGAAGUUCCUGCUAAGCUAAAUCCAUUCGUCCGUUCAUUGAUGGAUAGUAUUAAAUCUGAAGAUAGCGUUAUAUUACAACUAAAAACUUGUGAUUCUCUUAUUAGGUUAGUUGAAAAACUAUUGGUUGGUGGUAAAAAUAAUGUCGCCAACAAAAUUGUUAAGAACUUGUGUGCAUUUUUAUGUGUCGACACUACUAUAGUCCCAGAAUUUGCAGCAAAUUAUGACUAUAAGGAAACCAUAUUAACUUUAAUUAAAGAAGACAGAAAUUUAUCCAUUAAUGAGGACAUCAAAUUGAGAGAAAUCUCUGAGAGGGCAAGAAUCAAGCGGAGAGGUGGUUUGUUUACAUUGGAAUUAUUAUUACGAAAGUUAGGUUCUGAAGUUUUCCUCAAAGUUCCAUAUUUAAAGGAUUUGAUUUGUAAUCCAAUUAUCCAUUGUGAAAGUUUGUCAGAUUUGAAAGAAAAGACUGAAGUUUUGGCAACCGGUCAACAAAUAGUUGAUUCGUUGGGUAUCCUUGCCGCUAUAUUCCCAACCAUGGAUUUGACCGUUCAGGAAGACAUUUUUAUCCCAUUAUUGCCCCAGCUUUUGAUAAUACUACGUUCUGAAUUUGCUGUUUUAAGAUAUGCUGCUGCUCUUACUUUUUCAGUUUUAGUUAAAAUAUUGCCCUCAAAGAUAAUACCAUUUAUCAUUAGAAACAUUUUACCAUUACUAAACAGUGCUGGCUCUGUCAUUGAUCGUCAAGGUGGUGUUGAAUUAAUUUACCAUUUAGCUGUUAGUAUGGAUAGCGACAUUUUACCGUAUGUUGUGUUUUUUAUAGUUCCCUUGCUAGGUAGAAUGAGUGAUUCAAACAAGGAUAUUAGAACAAUUUCUACGACCACGUUUGCCUCUAUUAUCAAGUUGGUUCCAUUGGAAGAGGGGAUAUCUGAUCCAGAGGAUCUACCCGAAGAUUUGAUGGUUGGCCGUGAAAGGGAACGUGACUUCAUUCAACAGAUGAUGGAUCCUUCUAAAGCCAAGGCAUUUAAAUUGCCAGUUGCUAUAAAAGCCACGCUAAGAAAAUAUCAGCAAGAAGGUGUAAAUUGGUUGGCAUUUUUGAAUAAGUAUCAUUUGCAUGGCAUAUUGUGUGACGAUAUGGGGUUGGGAAAAACUUUGCAAACUAUUUGCAUUAUUGCUAGCGAUCAAUAUUUGAGAAGUGAAAAGCAUAGGACUACCCAGUCACCGGAUACAAAACCCUUACCAUCUUUAAUUGUAUGUCCACCUUCUUUAACCGGUCAUUGGGAACAAGAAUUUAGUCAAUAUUCGCCAUUUUUAAAAAUUUUAGUUUAUGUUGGUAGUCCAUCAGUCAGAAUUAGCAUGCGAGACCAGAUUGCUACCACGGAUAUUAUAGUUACUUCCUACGAUGUAGUUAGAAAUGAUAUCAAUACUCUAGGUAAAUUUGCUUAUAAUUAUUGCGUCUUAGAUGAAGGGCAUAUUAUAAAAAAUUCACAAUCCAAGCUAUCCAGGUGUGUCAAGGAAUUAAGGGCAAAUCAUCGUUUAAUCUUAUCCGGUACUCCAAUUCAAAACAACGUUGUUGAAUUAUGGUCUUUGUUUGAUUUCUUGAUGCCUGGGUUUCUAGGAACAGAAAAAAUGUUUAACGAAAGAUUUGCUAAACCUAUUGCAGCAUCGCGUAAUAGUAAAACCACUUCAAAGGAACAGGAACAGGGUGCCUUGGCAUUAGAGGCGUUACACAAACAAGUGUUGCCAUUUAUGCUAAGAAGAUUAAAAGAAGAUGUUUUAUCAGAUUUACCACCAAAAAUUAUUCAAGAUUACUAUUGUGAUUUGAGUGAUUUACAAAGACAAUUAUACAGGGAUUUUACUAAAAAACAAAAGAAAACUGUUGAAAUGGAUAUGGACGAACAAACUAAUUCUGAAUCCAAACAACAUAUUUUUCAAGCUUUGCAAUAUAUGAGGAAAUUAUGUAAUCAUCCUUCCUUAAUUUUAUCACCAACACAUCCUCAGUUCGCACAAGUUCAAGAAUAUUUGCACCAAACGCACGUGGAUCUCCAUGAUAUCGUCCAUGCACCCAAAUUGAUGGCUUUAAGAAAUUUAUUGUUAGAAUGUGGUAUAGGUUUGCACGACGUUGAGAAAAGCGGUAAUAUUGCCGGUAACAUUAUCAGUCAACACCGUGUAUUAGUUUUCUGUCAACUAAAGGAUAUGUUGGAUUUGAUUGAAAAUGAUUUGUUCAAGAAAUAUAUGCCAUCAGUGACGUUUAUGAGAUUGGAUGGUAGUGUUGAAUCGAGAGAUAGACAAAAAGUUGUUCGUAAAUUUAAUGAAGAUCCGUCUAUUGAUGUUUUAUUAUUAACAACCAAAGUUGGUGGAUUGGGUUUAAAUUUGACAGGAGCAGAUACUGUUAUUUUUGUUGAACACGACUGGAAUCCAAUGAAUGACUUACAAGCGAUGGAUAGGGCACAUAGAUUGGGUCAAAAGAAAGUUGUUAAUGUUUAUAGAAUCAUUACAAGAGGAACUUUAGAAGAAAAAAUCAUGGGAUUACAAAAGUUUAAGAUGAAUAUUGCAUCUACUGUGGUUAAUCAACAAAAUUCUGGGUUGACUUCUAUGGAUACGCAUCAGUUAUUGGAUUUGUUUGGCACCGAUAACGUUAAAAAAUCAAAUGAAGAGGUCCCUAAUAUAGAGAAAAAUAGCAACAUGGAUGAUGUUGUUAAUGAAACUGGUUUGAGUGGCAAAGCAGGAGCUGCUGUUGGGGGUUUAGUAGAAUUGUGGGACUCGUCUCAAUAUGAGGAAGAAUAUAAUUUAGAUAAUUUUAUCAAAACGUUGAAGUGA